CAUUAGCACCACAGCUACACCGGCUGGCGUGUCGUCACUUCAGUGGUACUAAAGACAGUAAUAUCCGCACCCACAGCAGCGGCAUGUCAGACUUCGAGGACGAGCUCGCCGAGGCGGCCGACCGUAUGGUAGAAGGAGGUAAGGGGGCGAGGGGGGCAGGGAAGAAGGGUGGAGCCCCGGCGGGUGGCCGGAAUCGCGAGGUACUCAUCUCGAAGGCACUGUCGACAUUACUGCGGCACCGCGCCCUAAUCGCUGGCAUCCGGCUCGACACCGAGGGGUACGCGCCACUGGAUCGGGUGAUGCUGUGGCCGCGCCUCCGGUCACUCAAUCCCACCCUCGACGACAUCCGACAGGUGGUCGCGGACGAUGCGAAGCAGCGGUUCUCCAUGAAGCCGAACCCCGCGGCGUCGGCGAACCACCCCAGCGGGUGGCUCAUCCGCGCGAACCAGGGCCACACGAUCGCGGUCGCGGCCGAGGGCAUGCACACGCGGCUCACGCUCGAGGCGGGCAACGUGCCCGACGUCGUCGUCCACGGCACUUACUUCGCGUUCUGGCCGGCGAUCGAGGCGUCCGGGGGGCUGAAGCGCAUGGGCAGGCAACACGUGCACUUUGCCACAGGGCUGCCGUCGUCGCGGCCUAGUGCGGAGGGGGGACAAGACGAGGACGGGGGCGAAGGCGGGCGGGAAAGGGAGCAGGCCAAGGUGGUCAGCGGCAUGCGCGGCGACGCCGAGCUCCUCGUGUUCGUCGACGUGAAGCGGUGCCUGCGCGAAGAGCCGCGGAUCCGGUGGUGGUUGAGCGCCAACGGGGUCGUGCUCGCGGACAGGGAUGGCAGCAACGUCGGAGACGGAGACGGGGACGGGGACGGAGGCGAGGAAGAAGACGCGAGUCCUGCUUUGGUAGUGCCGCUGCGCUACGUGACCGAGGCGCGGGGUCGCGUGCAGGGCGUCGGCGUGCUGUGGCGCGACGGCGAGAAGGUGGCAGACCUGCCACCCGACGUGGUGGCAAGGGUCCCAUUUGGAAAGGGAGGCGGGACCGGAGGAGAGGGAGGGGAGAAGAAAGGGGCAGAACGGGGUUCCGGAGAGGGUUCCAGGAGGGGGAAAAGAGGCGGAGGGAGUGGUAGGGGAAGAGGGAGUGGGAAAGGGGGUGGUAGGGGGCGGUAGUAGAGGCGGUAGGGAAAGGGGGUAAAAGUGUAGAGUUUACGGUCCCUAAUUAUGCUGUCGCGGCAAUCUUAGGCUAUUCGCCACAUACACAUGAU